GGCUAGUAGGCCAGCGAAAUACGCGUGUCACCAAUUCACCUCGACGAGGUUCGCCGAUCCCUGUGCUGUCAGUGAGGCUCCUGUGUCGUCGACACUCACCUCGUUCGCCUUGGCUUGCGAUAUCUUGACAAGUCACUAGUAGCUCUGGCUUUUUUCCCGGUUCCUGAUCACCCACAGCAUACCAUGGAUACUCUUGAUUCGACCUCUGCUUAUGCCUCUGACAUGGCGCAUGGAAUACACGGCAACGUAGACUGGGAUCUAUACUACUGGGCUCCCAUCCCCAGCAGAUACAUCUUAUUCCCUCUUCCGCGACGUCUCUCAGCGCGAGUUUCUCUCGACGUAUUAUACAACAUCGUGGACAACCUCGAUUCUGAAGUGGAUCGCUCGUCAGUCGCACUCGUCUGCAGAGACUGGUACGAACAUUUCGGAUAUAUCCGCUACCGGGACCUCUGCAUCCGUAGUCGACGGGGUCUCAACCUUCUACUCGACACCUCCCUGGACAGCGGGCGGAUGAAGCGGAGACUUGAUAACACUACGACGCUCCGGAUACACCAGCACGAUGGAGACUCGAAAGCCUCCUACUACGAUGCCGUACCUUUGACUCUUGCGACUCGCAUGCCGGCCGUGCGCAGCCUUGUCUUCCACGGAUGCAUACGGCCCCACAUGCACCCCAGUUUUGCUAGGAAUCUACAUCUAUUCAGGCGCAUUUCCAGCCUGGAGCUCUCGUCCUUCGCCCUAGAGAAUUUCGGCGAACUGCGCCGCAUCAUCGUUGCAUGUCCACGACUGGACACAUUGAUUCUGCGUGACGGAAAAUGCGUGGCAUCUCGCCCGCCUUCCCCGACGACUCUCGCACAACCCAUACAACGGCAACAACGGCAGAAGUGUACCCUUCAACUCCGACACCUCGAGCUAAGCCGACUAGACUUCGCUUUAUCGACCGCUCUCGUAGACUGGCUUGUAAUGGCUGGUCCGGUAUGCUGUGAGGGCAUAACGGACCUAGCCGUUACAGAGGUCACUGGUCCAGUAAGCCUGCUGUGGACGGAACUUCUGCAAGCGAUCGGUCCCUCUCUGGAGGCCCUACAUUUGGUCUGUGCUCGAGGCCGAGGCUGCAAAACAGCCGACGAGCUGGCUCUCAGCCUAGCGUCGAACCCGAACCUGCGACGUCUGGAAAUCCAGAUCGAGCCGGAUUACAACGAUUUCACGGACAUGCUCAGUCCGGAGGAACUUGACGAUGGAUUCCCGAGGACCUCGGGCUGGUGGCCCAUAUUCAAGACGGUCCCGCGGGUCGCACAGGCGGACAUCGAAGUCAAGUUCACCCGAACGGUGUGGGACGCGUUCGCCAGAAGUUACUCAAGGCCGGUCAGCAAAAUCAUACAUAGUCGCUCUCACAGUCCGCUCGAGGAAUUCGUCCGAGUCGGUCGAGCAAGGACCAGCGUUCCUUCCUUGCCAAAGCAGUAUCCAAAGGCGGUCUCGGAAGCGCAUCGCCCCGUGUUACCAGGUCCUCAACAAGACGCGCCGCAGGACGCGCCGCGGCGGUGAAAAAGAUGCUGGGCGGCAGCCCGCUAUUUGUCGACGCUUUCGACCGGUUCCUUUUGUAGGCAUGCUUUAGAAUAUGUUCUGUCCGUCUCUUCUGCGUUCGCUCCAGAACCAUCAAGACCGCCUGUGUUCGCUACCGUGUCAUUAUUUGCUACAGACUAUGAUGAACGAUGUUUAUGUGCUUGUACUUACUAGUAGAGCAAAGCAAUACAUGCAUUGCUAGGUC